UCUUCCAUAGUUCAUUAGAUAACAUUUGAAAUGACAUGAUUAAGUUUAUACAUUUGUACUUAUUUUAUAUCAUAUUUUGACAUGGAACGUACAUUGAAAAAUUAACUCCAAUAUUGAUCAUGUCAAUACGCAAAGCUUUAGUGUUUUCAAAAGACGAAAUCCGGGCACUAAAAGAAAGUUGGUAUGUUCUAUGGGGAGAUAAAACAAACAAUGGAAUUAAAAUGCUGAUGAAACUUUUCAAAAUGCACCCAGAAUCUAAAGCUUUCUACAAAGAAUUCAAGGACCUCCGAGAACAAGAUAUGCCUGCAAAUAAACGCUUUCGAGGUCUAGCUUUAUCAUACAUGUACAAACUAACGGAGUAUAUAGAUGCUGUUGAUGAUCCGGAUACUCUUGAGGACUUGAUGGUCAACACAUGUAAAGCUCAUCACAGACGUGCAUUGGGACCAAAACAUUUUAAGUGGAUGGGAUCGGUAAUGACAUCGAUGGUUAAAGAAACAAUGAAGAGUACAUAUUUGACAGAACUGCAUAAAACUUCAUGGACAAAACUCAUGGACGCUCUCGUUGUCGUGGCAACAGAUGUACAGAAAACACUGAAAGAAGAGUCUCUUGAUAAAAUUCAGAUACCGGAAAUGACUGGUGUAUGGAGAAGUCCUCACAAUAGUCCAAGGUUCUAAGAACAGAUUCUACGAUGGAGAGUAAUUGGAGCAAUACUAUUUGAGAGUAAUUGAAGCAAAACUAUUUGUUUUGGGAUACUUGCCAGCUUUAUUUAUUUUUAGAAGAAAUCAAAAUAUGUAUUGCAUUCUUAUUUAAACGCUCGCAUUAAUAUGGUGAUGUGUAUUUACAUUUUGUACAUAACUUAUUCAGCUGCAUCUGUACAUUAAAUUCCGACAUUAUAUUUAUUAACAUAUGAACUUUGACAAUUGCAAGCGCGGGAACAUGCUGCCAUUAGGUAUUUAUUUAGAAAAUAAAAGUUUACAAGUUG